AGAACACGCAGAGAGCGGUUAAGAGACAGACGUUAACAAAGAAAACUCCACGCUGACAUGCACAAGUGCUCAUACUCAUGGAUUUCUUUUCAGAAACAAACCGGAUUUGUUUAACAGCGACUACUUUCGAGGAUUUUUAACCCUUGCUGUUAUUUUUAAUGUUUUCCAGAAAGUUGGUCUCUUGGGGAUAAGGUGUUGAUGGUUUUCCUGCAGUGAUUAUAAGUUUGUGAAGGUUUCCUUUCCGAUAACAGUCAUGGUGCUCAUUUUGGGUCGCCGUCUAAAUCAUGAGAACUCUGGCGGUGUCCCAGAAUCCCCAGCAAUUAAACGCAAAGUCUUUGAGAUGGAGACAAAGACCCUGAGUGAUGUUUUCAACUUUUCCUCUGGCUCCUCUCACUCCGAGAGCGUCUUACAAGUCUUCAACGAGUUCCGUGACAGUCGCCUCUUUACAGACGUGAUCAUCAGCGUCCAGGGCCGCGAGUUCCCAUGUCAUCGUGCUGUAUUGUCAGCCUGCAGCAGCUACUUUCGUGCCAUGUUCUGCAACGACCACCGGGAGAGUCGGGAGAUGGUGGUGGAGAUCAACGGCAUCCAGGCGGACGCUAUGGACACCUUCCUGCAGUACGUUUACACCGGUCGUGCCUGUAUCACCACGCUUAACGUCCAGUUCCUCUUUGAGACCUCCAGCCUCUUCCAGAUCACCACAUUGCGGGAUGCUUGUGCAAAAUUCUUGGAAGAGCAACUGGACCCCUGCAACUGCCUCGGGAUCCAGCGCUUUGCAGAUGCCCACUCUCUCAAACAGCUGGCCAGUCGUUGCCGUACUUUCGCCUUGCUGAACUUUCCAGAAGUGGCUCAGCAUGAGGAGUUUCAAGACCUCCGCAAGGACGAGCUGGAGGAAUACUUGGCUAGUGAUGAGUUGUCCAUUUGCAGGGAAGAGGUGGUUUUCGAGGCAGUGAUGCGAUGGGUUUACCAUGGAGUGGAGUACCGUAGACCCAUGCUUAAAGAUCUUCUUCAACAUGUUCGACUGCCUCUGCUACAUCCAAACUAUUUUGUACAGACGGUGGAAGGUGAUAAACUGAUCCAGAAUGCUCCAGAAUGUUACCAGCUGCUGCAUGAAGCACGUCGGUACCACGUACUUGGCAAUGAGAUGAUGUCACCACGUACCAGACCACGCAGGUCCACUGGUUUCUCUGAGGUCAUCGUGGUGGUGGGAGGUUGUGAGCGGAUGGGGGGGUUCAAUCUGCCAUACACAGAAUGUUACGAUCCCGUGACGGGAGAGUGGACGUCCCUUGCUAAACAUCCCGAGUACACGAAAUCAGAGUAUGCAGUGUGCGCCCUCCGCAAUGACAUUAUUCUGUCAGGUGGACGCAUCAACAGUAGUUAUGUGUGGAUGUAUAACUCACAGCUCAAUGUCUGGAUCAGAGUGGCCUCUCUGAAUAAAGGACGCUGGAGACAUAAAAUGACCGUCCUGCUCGGGAAGGUGUAUGCAGUUGGAGGUUAUGACGGGCAGUGUUAUCUCAACAACGUGGAGGUGUACGACUCCUUCUCCAAUCGCUGGACUGAAGUGGCCCCUUUGAAAGAAGCUGUCUGCUCGCCGGCGGUCACCAGCUGUGCAGGGAAACUCUUUGUCAUUGGAGGAGAACCUGAUGAAAACAGCUGCUCUAAUAAGGUGCAGUGUUAUGACCCAGAGAGCGACAGCUGGCAGCUAAAGGCUUGUCUUCCCUUCACCAAACCCAAUAUUUCAGCCGUUUCUCUCAAUCACCUCAUCUACGUGUGUGGCGGUCUCACCAAAUCCAUCUACUGCUAUGACCCUUCACAGGACCACUGGAUGCACGUGGGCCACACAUUCAGCAGACAGGAAAGCUGUGGUGUAUCAGUUUGUAAUGGAAAGAUCUACAUCUUGGGUGGACGGGGAGAAAAUGGCGAAGCUUCCAACAAUGUCGUGUGCUACGAUCCGUCGUCUGGCAUCAUCACAUCUACAGCUGCCAUGCCUCGACCCGUCUCCUACCACGGCUGUGUCACCGUACACCGCUUUAGUGAGAAACAACACAAACCCUAAAACAUACAUGCAAAUGCCCCAACACGGACCCGUCUGAUUUCAUCAUCAUGCUAAAGCCGUUUAGAUUGUUAUCUGAGGCGACAGUUACCUGUUCCUCUGGAAUGUGGAAGUGUGGAAACAUUAACUUCCACAUAACUGAAAGCAUUUGGAGAAUUUAUGAAAUGUGACUGAGUAAUCGUAAGUCUCACUGAAAAUAAACUCACUUCCUAUA